AUGGCAGGGAGGCGAGCCCCGCGUCCUUCUCAGCUCAGUCUACCAGAGCGUCGGGACAAUCCCUCUGAAUUUGUUAACAAUCAGGUUCACAGUGAAGGUCGUGGGCGCCGGCCCACAAAAGAGAACCAUGCAUUGGAUUCGUUGAGGCUUACCCUCCAUGCAAAUGCAAUCAAGGCAGCAAAAGCAAAAGAGACAAGAAUGAAGAAUGCUCAACUUCGGUCACAACCCAUGGAUAAACCGACCUCUACCCCUCAGUGGGAGACGCCUCAAAAUGUGGUGACACGGCCACCCUCUCAUGCCGUAGCACAGUCCAACCCCAACUCGCACUAUCCUUUCUCUGGACCAAAAGAGCCAUCCUUUAACUAUCCUUUCACCGGACCAACAGAGCAGUCCUUUAUGGAGCAGCUCACCGGUGAUGAUCUGACAUGGCCGGGAGCAGUGACCACCUUGGUUCAUCGCCCUGCUAUGCCGGCUUCUCCCUGGACUCCUGCACAACCAAUGACUGCACUGUCUACACCCGUGCCUGUUUCGAUGCACCCACAUGGUAUGACUCCAACGACAACUCCGACAGCCGCACCUCCAUCGCAAGAAUUCAAUUUCAAUGCUGUACCUUCCACUCCAACCCCAAGAGCUCCCCUCGCACCACUCAAUUACGCUCCGUUGCAACCCCAGCAGCAUCAGUCGGUUGCCAUUGAUCUUUUACCAUCUACACUCACCGCUCGCCCUCUCACUCCAGCGCUAAUCCCAUUCGAGGACGAUGACCCAGAAUAUAGGGAGGAUGCAUGGGUACAGCAACCUGUUGAUGGCCAUCAGCACGAGUCCGAAAAUGAGGAAGAUCACCUGGAGAAGGGCACUGACGACGCUUCAAGAAGAGGGUUACAGAUAACGAUGUGUUCUGUGGAACCAAAGUCCGUGAAGAAGAGAAAGCGGGCACAACGAAAGAAGGACCGUGCGGCAAGAAGAGCCCAAUCAGACACAAGUGAGGACGGCGAUAGCGACCACCAGGUUCAUCGAAAAAAGAAAAAGUCUCGUAGCAUCAAGACCUUCGACGAGGAAACUCAAUCUAUUCUAUCGGUCGCAUAUGAACUUUGUAAGCAAAAACUGACACUAGAGAACCCUUGGCCGAAUGACCCGAAGUCCGACAUACUGGCAGAAGAUCAGCUGGAUGAGGCCACUGAGAUUGCCAUGCAUGCAUGGCUCGAAGCAUGGGAGAAGCUUGAAUUAGAAGAAGAAAGAGAGCCGGGGAUGGAUGAGCUUCAACAUAUUUGUGGACGUAUCUCCCAGUUUCGAGGCCAACUCCGAGAUCACGCGCGAAUUGAGGUCAUCGAGGAGUAUGGGUUCGUCAACCCCAAGCGCAUCAACAAUCCUACUCCCGAAAAUCUAGAAGCAGUGCGUGAGCGAAAUCGCGCGCUCGUAGCUAGCAUCAAAAACUCAUUCUGGUACACAAAACCCAGUGAGACGAACUUGCCGGACUCGAUGUAUAAGAAUGCCAUCAUACAAAACAUGCUCAACCUCAACUGGUUUGGCUCGGGUACCUUUCGCCGUGCCUCUUUCUUUGCUGGACAAACCUCGUUACCGCUGGUUACCAUUGCGUUGAUACUGACCGCCGUCCUGUGUGCAAUCGAUGAGUGGCGUACAGGCGAGCGGGUGACCAUACCCUUUCAACGAGACGCAUACCUACGUCACUAUCAAAAGUUUCUCAGAAACCUUACACGCUGGAAGGAGUGGUCGGCCACGCAGCAGCGUGACCUCACAUCUGAACUGCAAGAGAGUCUUCUCUACAAUGCCAGAGCUGCUUCCGGCGAGGGAACACCUACUUCCGACGACGGUGGUGACGACGAUGAAGCGACGCUCCUGGCGAUUUUCGCUGCCAAUCAGUCCACCAUCUCGUAA